GGGGGGUCCCUGGGCUGGCAUGAGGAGGGAGAUAUGGGGGUUGCAGUGCAUCCCCUGCCUGGGGGCACCCAGGGGUGGUGAUGGGAGCAGUGCAGGGCACAACCUCUGGAUUGACAUUAAGCUGCCUGUCCACAGCACCAGCACUAUGGCACUGCUGGCUCACAUCCUGCCACCACCACUACUGCUGCUGCUGCUUCUGCUGCCAUACAGCCAUGCUGCACCGUGCCACCCACAGCCCAACGCCACACACUUCAUCUGCACGGAGCCCACUCUCAGCACCUUCCCCUCUGGGCUUCCCCCCACCACCGUGGCCAUCUCAGUGGAGUUCACAGCUAUAACCACCAUAGCCCCCAAUGCUUUGGCUGGGCUGCCCCAUCUGCAGGAGCUGCACCUCUCCUCCAACCACCUGGCCGUGCUUCCAGAGGCUCUGCUACAACCCGUACCCACUCUGCGCAUCCUCGACCUGACCGACAACCUCCUGCCCGACCUCCCUGCUGCCAUUUUCCAUCACUCCAUCCACCUGCAGCACCUGGUGCUGCAAGGGAACCUCCUGCAGGCGCUGCAGCCCACCUGGUUUGUGCAUCUGACCCAGCUGCAUUGGCUCAACCUGGCGGGCAAUGCUCUGCUCGAGGUGCCCCCCGCCGCCCUCCGCCCUCUGCGCUCCCUGCACAGCCUGGACCUGGCACACAACCACCUGCAGCACCUCUCUGCUGAUACAUUCGUUGGGCUGCAGAUGCUCGAGAGGCUGGACCUGGAGGGCAACCAGCUCCGUGCACUGCCACCAACCCUCUUCAUACCCACCCCUGCUCUGCGCCUGCUCUUCCUGCAGAGCAACACCCUGCAGGUGCUGCCCGACGGCAUUUUCUCCCCACUGCUCCACCUCCGCGUCCUCGACCUGUCACACAACCAUCUGCAGGCUCUGCAGUUGCCCCCACGCUCCCCUGGCCCCCCGCUAUCCCUUGACAUCUCAGGGAACCCUUGGGCCUGUGAGUGCUCCCUGCUGGCACUGCUGCAGGAUGAAGCCCUGCAGCUCAUUGCUGCCCAUGACACACGCUGUGCCAGCCCUGCACAGCACCAGGGGGAGGAGGUGGCUGCUGUGAGCCAGGCUGGGGGUGAGGGCUGCCAGCAUGGGGGGGGCAAACAGAGACCCCUGGAUCACUAGGCAAGGGGUUCAGUGCCAUGUCCCCUCCCUCCAACCCUCUUAGGGAAACUGAGGCAAUGAGAACCUUGCCCCAUCCCAGUGAUUCCCAUCCCCAUCCCAGUGGCUGCCAUCCCCACCCUAUCUGCUCCAUCCCAAAGGCCCCCAGUCCCACCCCACCUGCUUCACACCAUCCCAGCUCCCAUCUCCUUGUCCCCAUCCUUACAAGACCGCAUUAAAUGGCUUCUCCUCGU